AUGGAUAGACGCACCCCCUAUUCCUUGAGCGUCCUUGCGCCGAGUACAGACGGCCCUGAUGAGUCUAAGACUGUAAUCCAAGGCCGCCUGAGGCAGUUUGUGCUAGAAUUCCAGCUGGAUAAUGCUUUCGUCUACCGCGAUCAAUUACGACAAAAUGCCCUCGUCAAGCAAUACUACUGCGAUAUUGACAUUGCCCAUCUGAUUUCUUACAAUGAAGAAUUGGCCCACAAGCUCACCACCGAGCCCGCCGAAAUUAUCCCUACUUUUGAACAAGCGCUGAAGGAAUGUACGGCCCGAAUCGUCUUCCCCGGCCAGCGCGACGCUGUCCAAGCACUCCCCUCCCACCAACUUCUUCUCCACUCCUCAGCAUCACACAUCUCAAUCCGUGACCUCAACGCCACUAAUAUCUCCCACCUUGUUCGCAUUCCCGGAAUUGUCAUUGGCGCUUCUACGAUAUCCUCUAAAUCCACUAUCAUUCAUGUCCGCUGCAAGGGUUGCGAUAAUAGUCAGGAUAUCCACGUGGACGGUGGUUUCGCCGGUCUAUCGCUGCCCCGACGUUGCGCGCGCCAGAAGCAGCCUGGUGACCAGCCCGGCGAGGAUUGUCCCCUGGAUCCCUAUGUUGUGCACCACGAAAGGUGUCAAUUCGUCGACCAGCAGGUUCUCAAGCUUCAAGAAGCCCCUGACCAGGUUCCUGUUGGUGAGCUUCCUCGCCAUGUUUUGAUUUCCGCAGAUCGCUACCUCGCCAACCGUGUUGUUCCUGGUUCUCGUUGCACGGUUAUGGGAAUUUUCUCUAUCUACCAACAGAAGGGUGGCAAGAAGGAGGCCGCAGUGGCUAUUCGGAACCCUUACCUUCGGGCCGUCGGUAUCACCUCUGACCUCGACCAAACUGCCAAGGGAAGCGCUGUGUUCUCCGAGGAGGAGGAGCAGGAGUUCUUGGAACUUAGCCGCAGGCCUGACCUGUACGAUGCGCUUGCCCGCAGCAUUGCCCCGUCCAUUUACGGAAACGUCGAUAUGAAGAAGGCCAUCGUGUGUCUGCUUAUGGGUGGAUCAAAGAAGAUCCUUCCUGAUGGCAUGAAGCUUCGUGGAGACAUCAACGUGCUCAUGCUGGGUGACCCCGGUACUGCCAAGUCGCAGCUCUUGAAGUUCGUCGAGAAGGCCGCCCCCAUUGCCAUCUACACAUCCGGAAAGGGUUCCUCUGCUGCUGGUUUGACGGCUUCCGUGCAGCGGGAUGCCACCACUCGCGAGUUCUACCUUGAAGGUGGUGCCAUGGUGCUUGCUGAUGGUGGUGUUGUCUGUAUUGAUGAGUUCGAUAAGAUGCGUGAUGAGGACCGUGUCGCCAUUCACGAAGCCAUGGAGCAGCAAACUAUCUCUAUUGCUAAGGCCGGUAUCACAACGAUUCUCAACUCCAGGACGUCUGUCCUGGCUGCCGCCAACCCCAUCUUCGGUCGGUACGAUGAUCUCAAAACUCCUGGCGAGAACAUCGAUUUCCAAACCACUAUCUUGUCUCGUUUCGAUAUGAUCUUCAUCGUUCGUGAUGACCACGAGCGAGGUCGCGACGAGAAAAUUGCUCGUCACGUCAUGGGCGUGCACAUGGGUGGCCGCGGUGUCGAAGAGCAAGUUGAGGCUGAAAUCCCAGUGGAGCAGAUGAAGCGAUACAUCAGCUACUGUCGUAGCCGAUGUGCUCCUCGUCUCUCCCCCGAGGCUGCAGAGAAGCUUUCCUCCCACUUCGUUUCGAUCCGUAAGCAAGUGCACCGUGCCGAGAUGGAGUCGAACAGCCGAUCCUCUAUCCCCAUCACUGUGCGUCAAUUGGAGGCCAUUGUCCGUAUCUCCGAGUCCCUCGCUAAAUUGUCUCUUUCUCCCAUCGCUACCGAGGCGCACGUGGACGAGGCCAUCCGUCUGUUCCUUGCAUCCACUAUGGACGCUAUCACGCAGGGUGAGGGUCAAGGCAGCAAAGAGCUCAUGGAAUCAGCCAGCAAGAUCGAAGAUGAGCUUAAGCGCCGUCUCCCCAUUGGCUGGAGCACAAGCCUGGCCACCCUUCGCCGGGACUUUGUCGAUGCCAAGGGAUACACUGAGCAGGCUCUCAAUCGGGCGCUGGUGGUUUUGCAACGCCGUGACACCAUUCAGAUCCGCUCCGGUGGAUCUCAGAUUUACCGGAACGGAGUUUGA